UAUCAAUCGAACGUAAUGCGUAUUAAUAUUACCAAUUUUUAACUUUCGUCGUUUAUAUAUUAUUCUUUGUCAUGCGAAUGGUACAAUUUUGUGCAUCAAAAUGGAUAGUGCAAUUUUAUAUAUUACAACAAUAAAUAAAGUCAAAGAUAGCUUAUAAUCGUGAAUUAGUAUAAAUUUACAUGGCUCAUAAUUGUUAUGGGAAAACAAUUAGUUCAUAAUAGUGUAAUUGUGUGAUCAAUGAAUGAGUGAUAAACCUAUACAUUAACACAAUAUAUAUAUUAAUUUUAUUAUUACCCUAUUUAGGAUUAUUAUUUAGCAAAAUGACUUCGAUGUUUGAUCAAUAUGAGCAAGCAUCUCAAAGAUCCAAACAAGUAGUUCCUCCACCGAUUCGAACAGAUAUUAGCACAGCUGGCUUUAUUCAAAUGAAAUUACAAGAUGAUGGUCCAAUAUUCACAAAACAAAAAAUCAACUUUUCACCUUCUGAUAAAAUUAUUCACCUUGUAGUCAGUAGUAAUUUAAUUAUAAUAGCUAUGGCUAAUAAUGUUCUUCUUCGUAUCGAUAUGAAACAACCCGACAAAGUAGAAGAAAUUGACAUUUCGAAAUAUGCAGUAGGCAUGAAGAUGUCAAAUCUAUUUUUGGAUCCAUUAGGUUAUCAUUUGUUAAUAACAUUGACUCCAAAGAAUGGAGAUAAUCCUCCAUCAGAAUUAUUAUAUUUACACAGGAAGACAACCAAAUUAAAACAAGCUGGUAAGUUCAAAGGCCAUGAAAUUACUGCUGUUGGAUGGAACUUUUCGAAUACUUCAGAAACAGUAACAGGACCUAUUCUUCUUGGUACUUCAAAAGGUUUAAUUUUUGAAACAGAAAUUAGCGAUGGUGAUAAAAUAUUUAACACAAGCUUGGAACAGUAUUGGCGACAGGUAUUUGAUAUAGGAAAGAAUAGUAAACCUCCAAUUACUGGUUUAGAAUUUCAUAAGAUACCUAACUCUGAUAAAUACAUGAUUAUUGUAACUACAAUUAUGCGUAUUUAUCAAUUCAUUGGAUCAGUACAAAAUCCUGAUGAAAAGCCAUUAUUGCAACAAGUAUUUAAUAAAUAUUUAAAUGUACAAGAAAGUUUUGUGGAAGUAGUAAGUGUUUUAACUUACUCCAAAUUACAAUUUUUCUAUCCAUCGCUUGGUGCAUUACCAAAAUCAUUCGGUUGGUUGACUGAGACUGGUAUAUUGCAUGCACAUAUAGACCCAAACUUAUCAGACCCAAAAAGUGCAUUGACAAAGCAACAGAUGAUAACAUGUCCAGAAGCAAGUCUUAUGGGAAAUAGCAAAUCUCAUACUUAUACCGCACCACUUUCUUUCGUAUUAACGGAAUUUCAUGCUUUGUUACUUUAUCCAGAUCGUGUGAAGGGCAUAUCGUUAUUAAAUCAAGAUCUUAUUUUUGAAGACAUAUAUAACGAUACAGUUGAAAAAUUACUCAAUAUUGUGAAAGAUCCGAUAAAUCGUAGUGUCUGGGCUUAUAGUGAAAGAGCAGUCUUUAAAUAUAAAGUAACUAAAGAAGAUAGAAAUGUUUGGCAGGUUUAUCUAGACAAAGGAGAAUUUGAACUAGCUAAACAAUAUUGCAAAGAUAAUCCUGCAUACAUUGAUCAAGUACUUGUGAAACAAGCUGAAAUGUUAUUUAAAAAUCAACAAUAUGAGGAAAGUGCUUUAAUAUAUGCGGACACUCAUUCAUCGUUUGAAGAAAUUUCAUUGAAAUUUCUUCAGGAGUGGCAGAUAGAAGCAUUGAAAAUAUUUUUGAAAAAGAAACUCGACGGUUUGAAAUCUCAGGAUAAGACUCAAAUAACAAUGAUUGUUGUAUGGGUAAUAGAAUUAUUUAUGAGUCAAAUGGGAGAAGUAAGAAGCAAUGAUAGCUCAUAUAUUCAUAAUCCACAGUAUAUAGCAUUGCAAAAACAAUUUGAUAGUUUUCUUGCUAUGCAAAAAGUUGAGGAGUGUAUAAAGAGAAAUCGUAAAACAAUUUAUGAAUUAAUGUCAAGUCAUGGGGAUAAAGAAAAUCUAAUGCGUUUAACGAUAAUGCAUAGUAAUUACGAGGAAGUAAUAAGACAACAUUUGUAUAAAAAUAAUUAUUUAGAAGCCCUUGAAGUAUUAAAAAGUCAAACCAAUAAAGAUUUAUUUUAUCAAUUUUCUGGUACUUUGUUACAAGAAUUGCCACGUCCUACUGUGACUGCUUUAAUUUCACAAGGAUCUUUAUUGAAGCCAUCAAAAUUGCUUCCAGCUUUAGUAUCUUGUAACUGUGAUGAAAAACACGCUAAAGAAAUUAUCAGAUAUUUAGAAUUUUGCGUAUACAAACAAAGUUGCCAGGAACAAGCAAUUCAUAAUUUUUUACUUUCACUGUACGCACGUUAUAAAGAGGAAGAAGUCAUGCGUUACAUUAGCUCACAAGGCCAAUAUAUAAGUAUGGUACAUUAUGAUGUACAUUAUGCCUUAAGAUUGUGUCAGGAGGCUGGUUUAACAGAGGCAUGUGUACAAUUAUCGGCUUUGCUUGGUUUGUGGACAACAGCAGUAGAUUUGGCAUUAACAAUUAAAGUUGAUCUUGCUAAACAAAUUGCAUCUAUGCCCUCUGAACGUGAUGAUACUUUACGUAAAAAAUUAUGGUUAAAAAUAGCUGAACACGUAGUGCGUGAAAAGAAUGAUAUACAACAAGUGAUGGAAUUUUUACAACAAUGCGAUUUAGUUAGGAUAGAAGAUAUUUUACCAUUCUUUUCGGACUUCGUUACAAUAGAUCAUUUUAAAGAUGCCAUUUGUAAAUCCUUACAGGAUUAUAAUCGACAUAUUCAAGAUCUCAAAGAAGAAAUGGAAGAGGCAACAAAAUCAGCUGAAGUUAUUAGAAAGGAUAUACAAGCUUUUAGAACGAGGUGCACUUUUGUAGAUGCAAGAGAUACAUGUAAUUCUUGUGAUAUUCAACUUUUAUUAAGGCCUUUUUAUGUAUUUCCUUGUGGACAUAGAUUUCACAGUGACUGUCUUGUUGCCGCAUUAACACCCAUGUUAUCAAUGGAUCAACGAACAAAACUUGCCGAUCUUCAACGUCAACUUACAGCCAUUUCAAAUAAAUCUGAAGAUACAACAUCAAUUGGAAUGGUAUCUCUAUCAAUUAAAGAUCAAAUUAAAGCUGAUAUAGACGAAUUGGUAGCUUCAGAAUGUUUAUACUGUGGAGAACUUAUGAUAGAAUCAAUUGAUAAGCCAUUUAUAGAAGAAGAAGAUUACGAAAGAGUAAUGAGAGAAUGGGCAUAAAUGCAAUGAAGAUUCGCUGAUUACUCAUGUACUCAGUGCCUUCUAAAGGAUCAAGAGCUCUUAUCAAGACAGCACUGCCAUCACCUAAAAUCUUACCAAGAUAUUCUUUUUGAUGGAAUAUCAAAAAUUAUUAUCAAUAAUUAUAUGGUAUAUGUAUUAGCUUCGUUGUCUCUAUUAUAUUCGCUAACAUUAGGAUUUCCUAAUAUAUAAUAACGAGAUAAUUUAA